UUCUGGUCCGCAUGGUGUCAUCUCAUCUCUGGAGGACGGUGUGAGCAGGGCAGGGUUUUGUUAAUCAGUGAGUUAGUGUCUAGAAAACUCACAGGAGACUGAACAGUUUAACACAGCAACAGUUCCAUUUCCAUUCAACAUUUGUUCAGUUCAGGCUCUUAUUGAAGGACUUCACGCCCCUCUGUUCACCACGUGUUAUGUGAGACGUCCAGCCCUGACUGUAAGAACGUAUGUGCCUGAGAGUCUGACGCCCGUCUGUUCAAUGGCUACCUCAGGCCCCGCCUCUUCUGCCUCCAUCACUGCCACUGUGCCUGAGGGUUUCCAUUAUGAAACCAAGUAUAUUGUGCUCAACUAUCUGGGAAUGCUGCCUGUUAGGAGAUCACAGACACUAACCACAGCUCAAGGAGAUUCCCAGAUUGAGAGAGAGAGGAUAUUAAAAGGGCACGAGGAAGAACUGAGACAGCUGGAUGAUGAAAUCGCUGCCUCCUUUUCCACAACCAGCUUUGACCGUAACACAUCGCUGGUGUUUAACCCGGCCGUCCCAGAGACCUCCGUUGAAGACUGCCUUGCUGCAAUAGGAGACCGCGUGGCCGUAGAGCUGGACAUACACCUGGCACCAGCCGUACACACACUCCUCACAGGGCCUCUGGACUACCAGAGAUUUAGAGACACAGCACAGGAUCUCUCAGCACACACACAGGGAGGCUGGAGUAAGGUUCUAGUACCGCUGGUGCUGCUUCAGGCUUUACAAAGCGAGGGCCAGUCACUGACAACUCUGUUGAGUCUGGGCGUGCGCUACCUAGAGGAGGAUGAGGCUGGCUACAUCAUGCAGGAAGGAGGAUGGGGUGUAGUAUUCAGCCUUGAAUCCGAGGAGGAGCGAGGUGUGACCAUCGCUGAAGACAGCAACGACAUUUACAUCCUCUCCGGGGACCAGCACCCAGACCAGCUCAGCCCCCCCUCGUCACUACUCUGCACUGGAGACAACAGCAGCGAGCAGAGCUCCUGGCAGACGGAAAGCUUACCCGUGUCUCUGGCCGGCCACGAGUCCUGGGCUCAGGUAGGAGCGAUGGACCCCGAAGACGUCAAGAGCCUGGACAGCAAUGAGGGCGUGGCCCUGGCCGAGGAGCGCAGCGAAAACAACUCCUCAAACUCGGACAUCGUCCACGUGGAGCGCGAAGACGCGGAGCUGCUGGAGGAAGGCGGAGAAGUCGGAGCGAUAGACGAAAGCAUGAUGAGCGUUUUAGGCACGGAGAGCGAGCUGGCUGAGCUCAGGGAAGAGUUCAGGGAGCAGACUCCUCCGGUUCUGGUGUCAGAGGAGGCAGCCCCGGCCUCCCUGCUCUCAUUAGAAGAACCCGUUGUAAUAGAAACACCCGCAAGCCUGUCGGCAGAACCUUCCCUCGUCUCCUUAGAACCAGAGCUGCCUCCUGUGCUCCCUGAAGCUGCUGCUCCCUCUGAGCCAGAACCUGCAGCACCUUUAUCUGUUCCUGCAGUAGAACCAGAACCUGAGCCAGAACCAGCUGCUGCCGCCACCGCCCCAGUGCCUGCUGAGGUGGCACCCCCAUCUCUAGCCAAGGAGGCCCCGGCAGCCCUAGCAGAGCCCGAAGCCACCUCAGAACCAGCACCAGAGGAGCCGGAGCCCGUCACAGUGCCUCCCCAGCCAGAGGAACCAGAACCAGAACCAGAGACUGUGGCAGAGCCAGAGGCCCGGCUGGCUGCAGCCCUGGUCCCAGAGGCUGCAGUGGCCCCUGUAGAGUCCCCGGCUGAGGAGCCCCCGGUGCAGCCGGAGCCAGAAUCAGAGCUCCCAGCGCUGCUUUAUGGAGGAGCUGCACUGGUGGUCCUUGUUGCUGUCAUGGCGUAUGGUGUCAUAAGCUACAGGAGGAAGUAGAAAAUCUGUCUUUGAGGAGGAGAAUGCAAAUUUCAAAAUGUUAAGGUAGAAAUAAAUGUAUUAGUACACACAUGGUGGGACUCUUCUUACAAAUUGUGUUGGAUUUAUGAAAUGAGGCUGCAUUUUUUUUUUUUUUUAUCUGCUUUUGAAGGUUUAAAAUCUGUGAAAAUGCCCCCCAGCAAACCAAAAUCUCACCUCAUCCACAACAUUCACUGCUGGGUGCAAACACAGACAGGGGAAAACCAUGCACUCCGCUCUUCUCCUUAUUUUUGGUGUUUUUCUUUCUCUCCUUCUGGGUUAACUCUCAUUUUUAUGUUGAAAUUCUUAAGACUCCAGCCCUUUACCUCUCAGCUUGUUUGUGGACUUUAAUCCCUCUCUGCUAGUUUCGGUUUCUGUUGUCUGUUGCUCUCUGACGCAAAUGGUUCAAAACAAUCAUGACAGUGCAUCUACAUGGGAAAUUCACUGACGACACUUACUCAGCUAUGUUAACCUCAAAGCCAACAUUAGCUGUUGCUGUGAGACUUUCUGUCGUUCUCUCUUCCUAUGCAGAACUGUGAUGAGUUAUUCUGAUUCUCUACUUUGGAAAACAUUUGCUUUUUGUUUCAUCCCUUUGUAUUGCACAAGGGAUCUGUUUCUCUUAACAUGCAGCAUAUUUAAGUUUUGGUGCAUUUUAAGAUUUUGCCCAAGAAUGGAUGAAAGUAUUUCCUAAGGAACAGUACUGCUGCUGCGUUUGUGGAAAAGAUACACCACCAUGCAUAUAAAUUUAACUAUACUGUGAAGGUCCAACAACCAUUAAACACAGCAAGCAACGCAGUAUUUUCCCAUUGUAUUCAUAAAGUGUCAAAGAAACCAGAGUACUUUGGUAAACUGCUCCACAUUUUGUUUGACAGGAAAAUGUCAGCCACUGCUUGUUUAUUAGGCCAAAGUGAGCAGGAACGUGACUGCAAUACAUAAAUUCAGCCAUCCCUUUAACCCUUUAUCAGGCAAAGAACUAUAUUUGGUAAUUUCAGGUAAUACUACUACUUAAUAAUAAAAUACGUUACUAGAUUAAAGUGGCAAAUCUACAAGAAAAAAAGUCGCAGAUUUAAGAGAUUUAAAGUGGCAGAUUUAUGAGAAAAAAGUGGGAAAGAAGCAACUUUUUUCUCCCAGAUUCACCACUUUAACCCUUAAUAGGGCACUCAUUGAAAUACUUGCAAAUUACAAAUUUCAACCCUAGAGAAUAUUGGAGGAUAUUACAUACUGCCAGAAUGUGUUAAAAAACAUACGAAAAUAAUAUUUUGAGAAGUUUACAAGAUUAAAGCGGCAAAUCUACGAGAAAAAAAUGCGCAGAUUUAUGAGAUUUAAAGUGGUGAAUCUGGGGGAAAAAAGUUGCUUUUUUCCCACUUUUUUCUCGUAAAUCUGUGACUUUUUUCGUGCAGAUUUGCCACUUUAACCAAGUAAAUUUGCAACUUUUUUCUCGAAAUAUUACCUGAAGUUACCAAAUAUAGUUCUUUGCCUGAUAAAGGGUUAAUGUAAAUGGAUUUCAUGAUUGAAGUUAAUGGAUGGGCAACUCCACCUCCUCAGUCAACAGCACAUUUUCUCUGCAAUGUCUUUCCUGUCGUUCAGUGUUUUGCUGUAGAUUCCACUGUUGCUGCUCAUAAUGUACCGACUCAUGACAAGUUUCCAGUGACGAUGCAUCUCUCCCAGUGACCGAUUGUCUAGUCUAGUUUUAACUCCAUACCCUCCCUGAGUGAAUGAGGUAUUAAAGGCAAAAAAAGGUUGUUUUAGUUUUACAUACAGGUGCAUCUCCAUAAAUUAGAAUGUGAUGGAAAAGUCCAUUUCCAGUAGUUCAAGUCGAAUAGCCCCAACCAAGUAUUGAGUCAUAUAGAUGGACAUACUUUUCAGAGGCUAACAUUUCCAUAUUAAACAUACUUUUUAAAAUUGGUGUUUGUAAUAUUACAUUUUUUUGAGACACUGAAAUUUAGGUCUUUGUUAAAUGUAAGCCAUAAUCGUUAUAAUUUGAAGAAAUUCAAUAAAUUAAGACUAAGAAUGUUUAAUUGUGUAUGUAAUGGAUCUAUAUAAUGUUUUAUUUCCUCUUUUUGAAUUGAAUUACUGACAAACUUUUCUAUGAUAUUCUAAUUUGAGAUGCACAUGUUUGCAUAGUGAAUGUUAUAAAGAUUUGGUUUUCAAAGUAACAUUCAACUUCUUGUGUUGCUAUUAAAUUAUAUUUCUGCACGAGUUACUAGUUGGCCAACAUUCAUUACAGUGCAGGGUUAUAAAGCAGAAACUGAACUAUCCCCCAGUCCCCACACACACUCACUGGAAUUAUUUCUGACAAUUUGAGAGCUCAUGUCACUGAGUCAGUCAUGGUCAGUUGCACAUGAUUAAAAGCUGGCAUGCUCACUGCUGCUUCAACAGUUAAAUACUUUCUCUUUGAGUUAUUUGGGGAUAUUGUGGUUACUUUUACCACUAUGAAAAUUCACAAAUGGUUGAACAGCUACCACCUUUGAUACAGAAAGGAUGUUUCCAUGUUUGUCAGUCAGUGUUACACAGUAAUACUCAGACUAUUCCUGCUUUUAAGGGAAAUGUUAAAAGUACAGAGCAGGAUGGAUGUCAAAAAGUCCCAAACAUGACACUUUGUACCUUGAGUUUCCUACAAUACACUGUUUGAGAUGAGAAUAAAAACAAAUAUUUGAGACUA